AGCUGUUAGCUGCGCGCGCGCGUUGUUGUGUGUGCCGUGUGUGCAGCAAUAAUGGACGCUGAUGCUGAGCAAGCAGAUACUUUUAUUGAAUUUCAGAGGAUCAAUUAUGAUGGCCCACCUGAAAGAGAACACAACAUAUUUCUGGACUCACCUGAGCUGGUGGUGGGACGCUCACCGACCAUGUCCACGCUCAUCAUCCCGGACCCGCUCAUAUCGCGCCAGCACGUGCGCUUCAACCGCCAGGAGGACGGCACCUGGACCAUCACUGACCUGAGUCUGAACGGUGUGCUGUUGAACGGCCGCCGGCUGACGUCUCGCCAGCCGACCCCCUUCUCUGCCAACGAUACCCUGCAGCUCGACCAGCCGGGCAAAUACCAGUACCGCGCCGUCCAGACCACCGACCGGCCGCCGCCCGCCAAACGCGCCUUCUCCGGCGAGGAGUACGUCCGCCGGCUGCAGGAGAAGAGUCAGGCGGCUCAGAAGGAGAAAGAGCUGAAGAAACAGCGCGAGAUCGAGGAGAAACAGCGCGAGAUCGAGCGUCAGAAGGAGGUGGAGGCUCGCGUGCUGGCCGAGCGUCAGGAGCAGGAGGCGCGACUGAGGGAGGCCGCCGCCCGCCUGCAGGAGGAAAAGGAGAGGGAGGAGGCCAUGAGGCGAGAGGCCGAGCAGCAGGAGGCCAAAAUCAAGGAGGAAAAGGAGAGGCUCGAGGCGCAGCUGCGAAAGAUGCAGGAGGAACUCACGGAGCAGCAGGCCCAGGCCGAACAGGCUGCCAAGGAGCGUGAAGAAUAUGAAAAGCGAAUGCUGAAUCUCAAAGAGGAAAUGGAGAAACGGGAGCAGGAAGUGGAAAAGGAGAAACGUCUCCGUGAGCAACUGGAGCAGCAGGAGGCCGACCUGAAGAACCAGCUGGCGGCCGAGGUGCAGCGACUCGAGCAGGAGCGGCGCGACAUCGAACAGCAGCUCAAAGGCGAGCUGGAGGCAACCCGAGAGGAGCGCGAGCAGUCUGCCGAGGCCAUGCAGCGCCGCUACGCCACCAUCGAGUCGCAGCUGGCGGCGCUGGACGCCAAGCGACAGCUGCUGGAGACGCGACUCACCGACACAGAGCGUGAGAAGGAGGCCGUCUGCGGCCGGCAGCUACAGGAGCGCAAGGCUGUGCUGGACGGCUUCGGCUCGCUGAUGGACGCAGAGCUCACCUGCAGCAUCUGCCAGGAGCUGUUCUUCACGGCGAUCACUCUCAACUGCACACAUACGUUCUGCUCAAUGUGUAUCAACGAGUGGCGUAAGCAGCGACCCACGUGUCCGAUCUGCCGCGAGCCGGUGAGCGCGCAGACUCGCAGCCUCGUGCUGGACAACUUCAUCGACGGCAUGGUGAUGAAGUUGGGCGGAGAGCUGCAGGAGCACCGCGCCAGAGUUCGAAGGGAGCGGGAGGCCGCAGCUGCGGCUGCUAAGGUCGCCGCCGCCGCACCGCCGGCGGCAGGCGGGGCUGGACGCGGCGGCCGUGGCGGGCGUGGAGGUCGGCGGUAUCAGCAACAGCAGCAGCGAGCGCAGCAGCAGCAGCAACAGCAGCAGCAGCAGCAGCAGCAGCAGGCGCAGCGGCAGCAGGCGCAGCAGCAGCGGGUGAACCAGUACGGCGGAUGGUUCCAGCCGCGAGGCGGUCCCGCCAGAGGACCCCGGCCUCCGGCGGCGGGCGCCGCGCGCGGUGGCGCGGCGGCGGCGGGGGCGGCGGCCCGGGCCCCGGCGCCGGCGCACCCCGGCGGAGCCCGCCCGGUACUGGCCGGACGCAGGGCGGGCGCAAUGGACAGAGGCCAGCUGGCGGCGGCCAUCAACGCCGCGCUGCAGGCGGGCGCCAACCCGCAGCACCCGAUCGUCAUCGACGAUACAGCCUUCGUUCUGCAGAUGCAGUGAGGAACGCCGAGCAGCGGCACGACUCCGACUCCUACUCUGACUCCGAGUCUGGAGCGGGCGGGCGGUCCACCCCGGAUCGCAGUCUGCCGGCAUCGCUGGGUCGUGAGUCCAGCUCUUCCGACUCGCGGCGGAGCCGCUCACCCCCGUCUCGUAACUCACGUCAGUCUCGUGAUUCUCGGCGUUCUCGUGAUUCUCGCCGUUCUCGUGACUCACGCCGCUCUCGCGAAUCUCGUGGGUCGGAGAACUCGUUUUCGUCGGCUUAUUCUGCCCACCGUGGUCGGCGUGACUCCUCAGGUGACUCUCGGCACACGCUUCGCGCCUCAUCCCGUGACUCACGUGACUCAAGGGACUCUCGUGAAUCCCGUGAAUCCCAUGACUCGCAGGAUUCAUACGAUUCCAUGAGCUCAGUGCACGAGUACGUGCCCCGCCGUCUCCGCCGGUGGAUGGAAAACUACGUUAACGAUCACGAGUCGGAUGCCGAUUACUACAGCUCUGCCGGUGACGACUACGACGGCACGAGGCGCGACGGCGGUGGACGGGCAUCGGUGGAGCGCCGCCGGCCGGACUCUGACGAGCGCGGCGGCCGUGACGACGGGUCAGACGUGGCGAGUCUCGUGGCCUGGUCGGAGGACGGCGACUCGGAUGCCUCCGUGGAGGGCACCGGCGCCUACUACGGCGGCUACGGGCGGUGCUACGUGUGCGGGUUCCGCGGCCAUUGGGCGCCCGGCUGUCCGUUCCGCUGAGACGGCCCGGGUGCAGUGAGCCGCAGUGUGUGCGCAAAACUCGAACCGAUGUGACGGCGGUGUACUCAGAUGUGUUAGCGUUGUCUGGCGAACGUGGUAGGGCUGUACAAAUUGGCUGUUAUAUGAGUGUAUGCGCGAGCGCUCUGUGAAUUAGUCUUAUUUAAGGUCUGUGUUAUGUUAUCGCGCAUCAAGAUUGUAAUAAAUUACCGCGUUUUUA